AUGGGUGUGGGUGCAGGACUCUCGUUCCUUCUCCUCGACCGUCAUCGGUCGAAACCCGUCAAAAUUCCGCCCCUCGCCAAACCUCCAUCUCCCAUCCCGCAAUACUCAAAACAUCUCCCCCUCAAGACCGUCAACACCACACGCCCCAAGCUCUCCCUCAAGACGCUCCCCUCCAAGAUGGGCUCCCCGCCAGCCUUUGGCGCGCUGGGCGCAAUGUUCACCAUGAUGAGGCUCCUGCAGGCAGUGUCGCUCGUCUCCAUCAUUGGCCUCACGGGCAACUUUGUUGCGGAGCUGGUCUCGAGUGACUUCUCUACCCCGUCUGCCCUGGUUGGCACACUGGUUGUUGCCUGUCUGGCUACGGUAUACAUCGUCAUCAGCUAUAUCCUCUACUGGGAUCACAUGCUCCCCCUCCUCGUCGCCACCGCAGCAGACACUCUCUGCUUCAUCGCCUCCAUCAUCGUGGCCUGUGUCCUCGGCAGGCCCGUAAGCUACCUCAACUGCAGCGCGUUCCCCAAGAAAGGCAACACAGGCAACUUCAUCUACUCGCUCUUCGCCAACGUCAAGCACGCCUCGUCCAACACAUUCGAAUGGGUCGACCCCAGCAAGCCCUCAUGCUAUGAAAUCAAAGCCAUCUGGGGCCUGUCCAUUGCAACCUCCAUCCUAUUCUUCAUGUCCGCCGUCGCCGCCAUUUGCCUGUGGAAGCGCGUCAAGGGGGCAGCAGGCCGCCCGCGCAAGCCCAUGGACCUCGAAUGA